AUGCCUACUGAAUUAGAAGAACUUGUAUCAUUCCUUCACUCACCCCAACCAGCGGUUGUUCAAAUCGCCUUGGACAAUCUUGUUGGAUACUCCCAAUCCGCACAUCAACAAGUGUUUGCCUAUGACAACUAUACCGCCAUUACCGAUUUGAAAAAUUUAAGCAAAUCCAAUUCCCUGACCAUGGUGCAACAAAGUAUCACUAUAUUGGCCAACUUGUGUGAUGAUCUCAUCAUGAGAAACUUGAUUGUCGAAGAUGACGACUACUUGAAGUAUUUGUGUACGCAAAUCAUCAACUUGAAGAAUGUCAAUUGCGACUUGAUGUGUAUUUUAUUGACUAACUUGGCCAAGAACGAUAACAUCACCAAGGUACUCGAGUUUGAAAUAGAGAAGUUCGACGAUGAGCAAAAGAAGCAUUUUUCUUCCACUAAAAUCAUCGAUUGUCUCAUGGACUGUUUCGUCAAGGGAUACGACAGAAAUUUAAACAAGUAUGCCAACUUCGACUACUUGGCCUACUUCUUUGCCGAUUUGUCCCGGUACACUCAAGGUAGAUCAUACUUUGUCACCCCACAAUCCUACGAUAAUGUUGUCCCACUUAGUAAAUUAUUAGUGUUUACCGAAAAGUACGAUGCCAAGAUCAGAAGAGAAGGUGUUUGUUCCACAAUCAAGAAUUCCUUGUUUGAUACCAAUUCCCACAUGAGAUUAUUGGAAGAUGAACAAAUCAACUUGUUGCCAUUUAUCUUAUUGCCAUUAGCUGGCCCUGGUGAAGGCAUAGACGAAGAAGAUAUGUUUGAAUUGCCUGAUGAAUUACAAUUGUUACCAGAAGACAAGCAAAGAGAACCAUUGAAUGGAGUCAUUGCUAUCCAUUUAGAAUCUAUCUUGUUGUUAUGUACCACCAGACAAGGUAGAGAAUACCUCAGAAACAAAUCCGUGUAUGCCAUCAUCAAGGAAUUACACAAAGACAAUAACAAUGAACAAGUUGUCGAUUUAUGUGAUAGAGUUGUGCAAAUGUUAAAGAGAGACGAAGCACCCGUGGAUGCCGCCGACGAAGAAAGUGACGAAGAAGACGAUAAAAUAGUGGAGAUUUUAUAG